AUGGACUGUUUGGAUGAGUCCAAUCCCAUGUUUAUGCAGUACCACACAAUGCUGCAGAAUGAAGUUCCUUGGGGUGAUCAACCAAAGUACGCCAAAUACACUGUUUACUUUGGUAUAGUGUUUAUAUUUGUUGGACUACUUAAACAGAUCUACUACAGAUUUAGAGAUUACACAUACAAACCACGAUCAGACUCAAAUGCUGCUUAUUCAUUCAUCGAUGUCCUUGUUUCAUAUUGUCGAUACGUUGGGUACAAACAAACUUCACAAUAUUUACAAUACUUCGCUUCAUUUCCUAAAUCUGUUGGUUCAAGUUUGUUUUUCAUGUUGUCUACUUUAUAUUUGGCAUGUUAUUGCUUUGUACCUCAUUACUGGUACCGCGGCUGUGCUGGGUUUGGAUCUCCACCUUUGGCCGUGAGGGCCGGAAUGAUGUCAACAGCUUUGGUGCCAUUUAUUUAUGUGCUCGCUGGUAAAUCCAAUGCUAUUACACUACUCACGGGGAUUAGUUAUGAGAAAUUAAAUGUGUUUCAUCAGUAUGUUGGUGUUGCGCUGUUUAUAUUGGGUGUUAUUCACACAAUUCCAUUUAUUUAUCAAGAAUUGCAAGAGGCAGGUGCUAGUUCUUUGCAUCAUACAUUUGUCACUGACUUGUAUUACAUUAGUGGGAUUCCAACAUUGAUACUUAUGGGUUUAUUGUGUACUUUGUCAAAAGCUUGGGUGAGAAAGUACUUUUAUGAAUUGUUUUUACAUUUACAUUGGAUGAUGGGUAUUGCAUUCUUUGGUUGCUUGAUUUGGCAUAUUCAGUUUGCAUUGGGAGCUCAGAAUUACAUGUGGGGUGCAUUGGCUUUUUGGGCAUCGCAAUUGAUUUAUAGAAUCUUGGUCAAGACAUGUUUCAAACCUACGUCAAUGUUUUUGAGAUCAAGAACUGCUCAUUUAACUAAACUUGAUGAUGAUACAUAUGAGAUCCAUAUUGAUAACGUUAAAGGAUAUAAAUGGACUCCAGGUCAACAUUGUUUCCUCAGGUUCAAAGGGUGGAGAAUUCUUGAUAGCCACCCAUUUUCGAUCUCGACAACGACUUACCUGGGUGAGGGAAUGAAGUUUAUUGUUGUACCUAAAAAAGGAUUAACAAGAGCUCAUUUCAAGGAAUUAGAUCACCAAAUUGAGUUGAACAAGCAAGUAUACAUUGAUGGUCCUUAUGGAGGAACAUUUAGAGAUGUUACAAAGUUUGAUAAAAUAGUGUUGGUUGCAUCAGGUAGUGGUGUUACAGCAACCAUUCCAUUUUUGCUGUAUGUUGCACAAUUGCACCAACAGAAGUCACCCUUGGCUGACAAUUUAAAGUGUGUCAAUUUCAUUUGGGUGGUUAGACACCAGAAGGAUAUUAAAUGGAUUGAGGAUGAGUUGACCAAGUGCCAAGAAGUAUUGGGUAACAAGCUACAAUUGGAUAUCAGAGUAUGCAACUAUCUUGUUGAAAUGAAGAAAUUGGACGACAAGAUUGAUACUGAAAAAAGUAUUGAAUCGGAUGAAGCAGCUGGGGUCAAGUUACCCAUAACUUAUGGCAAACCUGAUGUACGUGCCAUUUUGAACUCAUUAACUACAAGUUUUGCUAAGCGGAAUAUUAUUGUUUGCUCAGGAAGCAAUUCAAUGCAGACUCAAGUGUCGCAAACAGCAUCAGAAUUCCAGUCGUUGGUGUUUAACAAUGAUUUGAGAAAUACAAAUGUCGAGGAGAUAUACUUGCAUACUGAAUGCUUUGGUUGGUAG